CGCGAUGACUGGGAUAAUUCGUCAAAGGUCGGCAAAUUAGCCAUGAACAAGGCGAAGGCUGAUCGUCAUUUUCGAGACGGAUGUGGAGUCCGCAAAAUGUUGAGGCCGUGCUCCAGGCGGCAUCCCUCGUCCGCCUGGGUAUGGCUCUGCUUGGGCCGGCGCUGCAGGGUCAGAGAGGUUUGUCGCCGUGUUGGGGCUUCUGCCAGCAGCCAAUGAUUGCUGGCCAUGCCAAUUGCUCAAUAUCAUGGCCCCGAUUCCUUCUAGGUUAGCUCCUGACUCCUUGUGGAUGUAUGCAGGGCCAGGAGCAGCAGUCCAUGUGUUUUGCAUGGCUAUGUUGGCUGUCUUAGCCUCGAUUUUGGAUUGGUGCGGGCCGUCAUGGUUCCAAGAUCAUCCUCUUUACGUCUUCCGAGCAUGUGGCCAAGCAGGACUCGCGCAGGGCCUCCUUGUGCUUCCAAGCCUGGCGACGUCCGUGUUUGUGGCGACCCGCUCAUGGUGGUGGCAACAGGCGGCUCGGUUAUUCUUGACAUCAUCCUUUCAAGUCCUGUGUUGGCUUGCAUGGACUGCCUCUGCCACCAGCGACGCGGAUAGGGCCAGCAAGCCAAAUGCUGCACAUAGCGAUGCGAAGGAAUCACUGACCCAAACCAACGCCACGGGCUCGGCGACGCCUUCAGUCCCCGAAGCACCGCAGCUAGGCGCCACAACGACCCUGAGGCCACCUGACCCUGCGGGUGCCAGGGCCAAAUCCCCGCCGCUCCCCGGCUCCCCUGUUGCCCGGCGGCUUUUCCUUGCUGCGACCAUAAUCGGCUGCCUACUGUCCGCCGCAAACGCGCUGCUCCACGCUGCAAAACCGCCACCACCGUCCAGCCCACAGCUACUCCUACCAGGCAGCGUCUUCGAGCUGCCGCACGACAUCACCGCCUCAGCCUGGGCGCUCCAGGGCGCCUUGCUGCUCGCCACCGUCCCCUUCUUGGACCACAUAGCCGCAGCCCUGCCGCGCAGCUUUACCCCCGGCGAGGUCGGCAUUCUGGUUCAGGGGCUGCUGGCGCUGGCAGCCGGCAGCUGCGCCUAUUUGGCGGGGGCAAGUCGGCAGGGCCUGCUGCACGUGCUCUGGUCGCCCCACGUGGUACAGCUGGUAGAGCCAGACCCGGGCAUGCAUGUGCCGGCGUUCUGUAUGCUGGUGCUGUUCUGGGUGGUCAUGAUGGCAGUGUGCAGCGCCGCCGCGUUGCUCGGCGAGCGGGGCACGAGCAACGAGCGCAGCUGCAUGGCGCAAGAGUCCGCCUCAUCGUCGACGGCGUUGCCACCAGUUUGGAAUGCCGCAUCAGGGGUGCUACCGAAGGGAACCGUCGGCGCCCCAGCAGCCGCGACUCUCCGACUGCGCCGGGCAGCUGCUAGUUGUAGCAAUGUAGACGCGGGUUGUGAAGGGUUAGUACCUGUAGAUGCCGCAUCAUCUGGGUUGCAAGUGCGACGCAUGGCCGCCAGCGAUGGCAUGGAUGGCGACACGCUGGACCGGGUCGUGGCGACAGGCAUCCGCGCCGCUGCUGGAGGGGGCGCCGUGCUGUCCUUCGCCAUGCUGACGGAUCUCGCGCUGUGGGUGCUGGGCCGGUUCGUGGCCGCAUCUUCGCGGCCGCGGCUGGCCACAUUGGCCUACUGGUUCGGUUGCUUGGCGGUAGCGGUGCCGUUCAUGUACGUGGUGUCAUUGGCUAGCGCAGCCCGGGGCCAGGAGCAGGAAGAGCAGCAACACCAGCAAUUACAGAAUCACAAGGUGGAGCAGGUGGAGCACGGCGUCGGGCUGAAGUUAACCUUACCACAGCAGCUGGAGCGGCAGCAGGAGGGUGAUGAGGUUGAGCAAGGGAAACCCGCGAUACCGAUGGUGCAAACUGAUCCUGUGGCAGCAGGGCGGCCUUGCGGCCGUGGGCUGGUGGGGACGGGGCUUGGGCAGACGGACGCGGCAGUCGACCGGUGCAACGGCCGGAGGCCUAGCCGCGGCUCCAUCGUCUGUGAGCAACAACGACAACCUGGAAGCCUCAGCGGGUCACCCCGAUUAAGUGGGCCCGCCGCGACUGUGACAGCGGCCAAUGUAGGCUCGCUCUGUCCGGGACCUGAGCAACAGCAGCAAGGGCGAUGGCGGCGGCGGCGGUCGGUUCUUCUGGCGGUUCUGUUCCGUGUCCUGCGCGUGCCACACAUCGUCAUGCGCAAGGGCUACCACCUUUUAGCAAUUGUGCUGUUCCUGCCGGCGUUUGGCUGGGACGUCCGCAUGCUGCAGGCGUCGCUGGCUGUGGCAGGUGCGGUGCUGGUGUUUUUGGAGAUGUUGCGUUGCCUGGGGCCUAUGGGGCUGCGCCGCGCUAUUGGCAGCUUCAUGGCGGACUUUGCUGACGCGCGCGACUCGGGGCCCGUGUACGUAACCCACUUCACGCUGCUGCUGGGCAUCGCGGUGCCGGCGUGGCUGGGAGAUUCUGUUUGUGGCGCUGCCGCAGGCGCGAUGAUGGCGGGUUUGUACGGUAGCGAGGCGGCGGAGCCUAUGCCGUCGCAUGGUUCGCCGCUGUCGCCGCCGCCGCUGUCGGCAGCGGCGGCACGGCUGCUACCGAGCUGCCGGACGGUGUUAGGUCUGAGCGGCCUCGUAUCGCUGGGAAGUGGCGACACUGCGGCGGCGUGCGUGGGGUUCUUGCUGGGCCGCCGCCGGCUGUUCCUGCGCGGCAAGAAGACAUGGGAGGGGACGCUGAGCGGUGCCGCGGCGAUGCUGGGUAGCUGGGCCGUGGUGGUGUGGUGGAUGGAUGUGCGGUGGGCGCUGUCCUGGUACAUGUGGGUUGCGCUUGCGGUGGUGACCGGUAGCGUGGCUUUGCUGGAAGCGGUUACUCAGCAGCUGGAUAACGUGGUGGUGCCGCUUUACUACCUGACACACCUUGUGCUCGUCAUGACGGGAAACUGA